CCUUGAGUUGCACAUGCAUGCGCUAGCGCUAUGCACGGACAAAAUUUCCCGGGAAAACCUCACUGUACUCGUAAUAUGUAGGCGGAGCAGGUGCAAGCCAUUUUAAAAGUGGAUGAAUAUUGCACUGUUGAUGAAAAAGCGUCGGACAAUCAGCAGGUGAAAUGUACAGAUCAUCACUAGCACAGUUUGUCAGGUAUCUUGGGAGGGGAUACAGUACAACGGUGAAGUCGAUAGAAACACCUGUUGUUGAACGCAGUGUGAAUAAAGUGACACUCCUUGGUAGGGUUGGACGGGAUGCAGAGAUGAGAGGUGUUGGAAGCAAUCCGGUGACACUGUUUCCCCUAGCGACCAGUGAGACAUUCAGGAUUAAGCGAGAGAGUGAAGAAGACGAACUAAAACAGAGGACCAGCUGGCACAGGAUUAAUGUGUUCAAACCAGGGCUGCGGGAUGCUGUCUUCACAUACUGCAAAAAGGGAUCCAGAGUUUUGGUGACAGGGAGGAUCAGUUACAGUGAGUAUUUCAAUGACAGCGAUCAGAGGGUUACUGCGACAAAUAUUAUUGCAGAUGAUGUAAUAUUCGUUGGAAGUGAACCCAAGCUGAGAGACUCAGACCUGCAAUAUGAAGACUAGACAGUGAACUUCUGGAUUGGCAACAUGGUGCGUGACCCAUUGUUGGGUCAAUAACCCUGCUGUAACACUGGCUCUGAGUACAACCCCCUCUAGUGGUGAAAAUGUGAAAAUUACUGGAAGGUGAGGGCACUCAGGCAUAUCACUCAGAAACAUUUGCAAAGUGUUGGCACUCUGUCAUCUACGCUUUUGUGCGCAUUCAGUCACAACUUGGUCCGGUGCUUUGUAAGCUUGAUCCACAUGUAUAGCGGAUGUCUUAAAGAGUUGUCCUAUAUUAGUGCACAAGUGUUAUUUGAUAUCUGAUAUAUUCAUAGGAAAGACAAAAGUGGGACUACAUUUUUUUACUCAACUUGGCAAAUUUUAUUUUAAAUGAUUGUAAACUAUCAACCCUGAAAAUGUCAUACUGAGUUCAAGUCUUAUUCUUGUGGGAAUUCUUUGGUAAAAGAUCUUAUUUUACUUUAAAUAUGAACUGAAAUUGAUUACUUGGAGAAAGUCUUAAUUUCCUUGAAGUUCCAUGUUUGAAGGAUGUUUUGAAUCAUUUAAACAUUUUAAGGACAAACAUUCAGAUACAUUUCCAUGCUUCAGAAAGACUUCUGUUUAUUUUGGCAAGCUUGGGCAUUCACAGAAACAACCACAGGCCUUCCGUGUAGUUCACAAAAGGGCUCCUUUUUAGAGUUAACUUUCAAGUUCGCAUGCAUUUCAAUAUUACAUAUUUACUCCCGACAUCAACUGUGGUCCCAUCCCACAUAUUAAUCAAUACACAAACGCAUGAUACAAACGAUUUACGAAGCAUUGCAGAGCAAAUGAAGUAUUGUACAUAUGCUACCAACAAGUUUCCAAUACAGUACAGUAAAUUAUGUGAAUGGUUAACAAAUUAUGUUUGUACAAGAAAUAUUGCCAUUGUGUUCUCUUCUUCAUGCUGUAAGCAGCGUAUACAUUUACAGUUUUGAAAAUAAACAUUUAAUUUUUUUCA